AGAUCUCUUUCUUUUCUGCACUGGAUUGGGGAUCGGGGGAUCUUCCGCCCUAUCUCGCAGCACAACAGAGUCUAGAGCGAGAGAAGCAGAGGCAAUCGAAGCCGAGAUCCCAGCUGACGUUCCCGCCAUCGCCGGCCUCUCGUCCUCUACUGGAUUGUCAAUCGCAGCCUCGCAGGGAUGGCGACCCUUCGAUCCGCCUUCCGGCGCCUGGCACCGGCCGCUGGUUUCCGCAUCAGGGGUAGCCGUGGUAGUUCUGGACCUAGCGUCACCGCCAUGCGGAAUAUUUUCACCCACGCCGGGGGUUUCAGGACGUUUUGCAGAGAACGCUUCAGUCUGAAGAGACCGGAGACUUGGUUUGCAGUCAUUGCCAUCGUCUUCGGAGCUACUUACAGAGUAAAAGUGCAGACCUACCCUGAAGAGUGGAAUGAAGCGAGUAGUAGCACAAUAUUACGAGAUUCAGACACUUCCUGUGUACAACAGGAAGAGCAAGGCAAAGCUCUGAACAAUCCAAUUACCUGAAGCGGAAAUCCACUUCGGCUCACGGGUGCAUAUGAACCCGUUGUGUGAAAACACAUUUGUGAUUCAGAAGCAUCAGCGCCCUAAGAAAGAAGAAAUAACCUUGUUUUAAGGACUUGUAUAUACAGUGCAAAGCGUGCUGCUUGUAUAGGCUAUAUGGAAAUAAAGCUUUGGUUUAGAGUUCA